AUGAUCUGUCCUGCAUAUUUAGUUGACUUAAAUAAAGCAGGAAGUGUUUAUCUUGUUAAACACAAAUCAAAAACAGAAGAAAAAGAAAAUGAUUGUGAUAAAGCAACACAUUUUGGUUUAGCAAUCGAUGUAACAGCUGUUGCUCUUACAGGUUCAUCAACAAGUGAUAAAUUUAUUGCUACACAUAUUGAUCUGUAUAUUCAUGAUGAGACAGAUCAUACUACUUACAUCGAUUCAACUUUCAAUCAUCGUGAAUGGCAUCAUUAUCAAUUAAUCAAAAAAGUUGGUCAAAUAUCAAUUAAUGAUAUAAGAAUGUUUCAUUCACCAAUGCAUUUUGCUAAAAAUUUGGAACAUCGAUUAAUAUUUUAUAUUUUUAAUCCUAUGUGUCAACAAAAUCAAGGUGCUCAUUGGUCUUCCACAUUAAAUUGUCAAACGUUUACACGUUUGGCUAUCGAAUAUCUCGGUUAUGAAUUUCCACCAGAUGUUAAAAUCAUAAGUGAUUGUGUUCCAACAAUGAUAAACAUUUACAUGAAGGCUUCUCUUUUAACAGCUCAUACAAAAGAAAAAUCAUAUGAUAAAUUAUCCAGUUAA